CUCUUUGCCGCGGGGUCCCCUGCCCGGUGGGACCCUUUGUCCCGCGGGGUCCCCUGCCCGGUGGGCCGGGCUGGGAGCAGCAUGGGCAGCCUCCAGCUGCAGGAGUUCGCGGCGGGCUUGGUGGGCGGAACUGCCAGUGUGGUUGUGGGACACCCCCUGGACACAAUUAAGACUCGUUUGCAAGCUGGGCAAGGAUAUGGAAAUACACUCAACUGUUUUCUCACUGUGUACAGAAAUGAGUCUGUGGCUGGUUUUUUCAAAGGAAUGUCCUUCCCACUGGCCAGCUCUGCCAUCUACAGCUCCGUGGUGUUUGGGAUCUUCAGCAACACACAACAGCUCCUCAGCCAGCUCCGCCACGGGGACCCAGCUCACAGCCCGGCAUUGCCUGAUGUGGCUCUGGCCAGUGUGGUGGCAGGGUUCAUCUCCGUGGGCAUUGGCACUCCUGUGGAACUGGUAAAGAUAAGGCUACAGAUGCAAACACAGCCCUACAUCAAAGCAAACACUAAACAGAAGCCCUCGGUUUCUGGAUUUCCUGUGUACCGAGGCCCAUUUCACUGCUUCAGGACAGUCCUACAGAAGGAGGGGAUAGCAGGAAUGUAUCGAGGCACAGGAGCGACGUUUCUGAGGGACAUUCCUGGGUACUGCCUGUAUUUCAUCCCUUACAAGUUCUUCUGUGGAUGGAUUACCCCUGACGGAUGCCAUUCCCCCAAUGCCUUCUCCAUCUGGCUGGCAGGGGGUGUAGCAGGAGCCAUUUCCUGGGUGAUAGCUACUCCAAUGGAUGUGGUGAAAAGUCGACUUCAGGCAGAUGGGGUUUAUUUAAACAAGUACAAAGGGACCCUGGACUGCAUCUCGCAAAGCUACCAGAACGAGGGCUUAAAAUGUUGCCCAGAGGACCUGAAAGUCUCCUACUUUCCUGAGCCACAUCAGCAGAGUGGUGUUGGUGGGGGCUGAGUUGCUCUGACCGAAGACUCCUGUCCUGCACCCACAGCAUCUGCUUUCUCUUCUGGCGUGACCUCAGUCCCUGGAGGACUCUGAAAACUGCACCAGAUCAGUCAAUCCAGAGACCAUUUAUUAUUUCACUCUGUUGUCUAAGAGCACCUUAAUAAUCCCCCACAUUAGUGUUUGACUUUUUGACCAAUGACAUUUUUUGCAUUAAGCCAAGAGAACAACUCCCUCUGCUUACCCACAGGAGUAUGAUUGGUGUGCAGGUGCUUUUCAUGUAGGAAGGUUUGGAUUCCCACCAGAUGCUUGCCUGAUUGCAGGAUGAAAGAAUUGGAUGGCUCCACCCACAGGAAUGGAUACUCAUGUUCUACAGCACAGACCUCUCCAUUUUGCUGCCAUUUGGACAAGAGUACCAUGAAAAGAUGUGAAGGGCUUCAACGACUUCAGUUGAUUAUCCAAUGUGUGAAUUAAAUUUGGAAAUAGGAGGAUGUUAAACUCUGAGAUGAAGCUGCUCUUUUUCUUCAGAAAACAAUAAAGCAAGUCCUGGAUUGGGCCAGGAUAGAACCUACAUUUCAAAGAAAGGGCUGCCAAUUAAUUUAUCUAACUCUCCCUGUGUAGCCUUCCACAGGGAUGGAUCUUGUUGGACUUUCUGAUUUUCCUCACUUGACUGUCCAGCUUGCCAACUGCCAAAUCCUGCAGUCAUCACUUUGAAGCCUUGGAAAACCACCACCAAAGGAAAUCUCUUAAAGGGAUGCAGAGUUUAUCCAAAACUAUUCUCUAAAAUAUAUGGGCCAUCUUCAUACCUCCAGCUGCAAUCCCACUGAGCCGACGGGGGCAGACCCAGGUCUCUCUUUGGUCUACUUCAGCCUUUCAGUUAUUCCAAGAUCUUUUUAAUAAUUGUCGUUAUUAUUCCUGUUAAUGCUGUGAAAUGUCUUCGUGCUUUGUUUUCUAAGCAUGGAGCUUCUGAUGCCAAAAUCCAAAAAGAACCAGGUUGCUGUCUGAGAGGACUCUGCUGGCACUGGCAGAGGAGGCUGAGGGGUAACUUCCUUGCACACAGAGGGACAUAGGGGGACAGUCUGAGACAACACUGUCCUCUGGGAAAUGUACAGUUCCUCCUCUCUUCAUCUGUCUAGCUUUCCUCUAGAUAAAGGUGGAGAAAGAAAUAGAAACUCUUAAGUUCUCUUCCAUGGAUGAAUGACUUAUGUGACAAGACGUGAAAACCUCAGAAAUGGGGUCCCCAACCUUGGACUCCUCUUUGCUCACAUCUGAAUUAGAAAUGGAAGAGUGACUUUCCCCCAGAACCAGCCUUAAAAAGAGGGAGAAAGAGCUGGUGUUGCUUCAUCUCAGGACUUGCAGGCAAGGAGGAUCAUGGUGCCUUUGAGCUUGGCAAGAAGACAGGGAACUGGUUUUGAUAAACAGUGUGGAUUAAAUUGAUGAGCCUUCACACAAGCACUUGUUGCUGGCAGCAUUUAAGGAUUUAGACUUCCCAUGUUGCCUGUUUUAAUGCAUAGAGGUAAAAUGUGCUCUCUAGAUGUAUAAUGCCUUAUGUCUCCAGGGAUAAUACUUGGGGAGACUAUUUCUUCCAUGCAAAUAAAUGGUGUUGCUUGUCUGCC